AUGUCAAGGGACCGACAAAUUGCGCCUUGGUUCCAGGUCCCAGCUACCCCGGUCCUCUCUGUUGAACAUCCCUGCAUUGUUCAGAAUGCGGAGAAGGCUAUUGGCAUGCUCGGAGGGCCUAGAGAGAUCCUGCAGAGUCUUGAGCCUGGAUGGGACAAGCCGCUGGGACUCAAGUUUCAGCCGGAUGACCCAAGCUGCCGUGCAGUGCUGUCCUACAACAAGCGAACCCACAAUCUUCUACUUAAAGUAACAGUUCCCAGAAGAACAGGCAGGAGAAGACAGCGAGGUUCUGACGAGGCCUACCUCGAAUAUUCUACAGAUUCGCAGCCCCGGAGAGACGUCAAAUACCUGCUUCGUUCAUUGAGGGACAAUCGUGAACGCUACCGGGCUGAAAUCGUCGGUCCGAUUGGCUCUACACACGUCUGGCGUACGAUGCCAGACUUCAUGUACACAUCUAGAGGAUCUCCCUUUUUGAGCGAAAUACACUCCAAAAUUCUUCCUCAGCGGUACCCACUGCUCAAGCAAUGGUCUUUGCCUCAAACUUUUGUCGAAGCAGAUACAGAGCUUAUUCCUCCUCCGAUGCUCUCCACGCAGAACCUCCCAGUCAACUACAUAUAUCGUCAGAGUUCUGCCGCAAAGGCCAUUUCCGAUCCGCGUACAGCAAAACGGGCAGUAGACGAUCCAGAGACGCCUACACAGUUGUCCACAAGUCAAGAGCAACGAGACGAUAAGGAGGGGUCUGAUAAGCUCACCACUUGA